AUGAAUACCACGUUGGAGGAAAGUUAUGAGAAGAAGGAGUCCCCUUUCGCGUUGGGGACUGAGGUCGACGGAGCAAGCUCAUUUGAAACAAUUGAGGCUCUGGUCGCAGAGGAUCAUGAACAUGAAAUCGCGCUACGAACCAUGUCCUGGCAGAAGACUGCUGUUCUUCUAGCUGGUGACCAGGUCUGUCUUGCGAUUAUGGCACAAUCUUGGUCCUUCUCCGUUCUCGGCUGGGUACCAGGCAUUAUUACCACAGUUCUCUGUGGUAUCUUGUUCUGGGUGACCUCGAUUACUAUGCAUAAGUUUAUCAUGAAGUACCCUCAGAUCAAAGAUAUCUGUGAUUUCGGAUACUAUGCUUUCGGACAGAGCAAAAUCGCCUACGUCUUCUCGUCGUUCAUGCUGCUCGCGAACAAUAUCCUCUUGAUUGGUUUCCAUGUCCUGACUGGAGCCAAAGUUCUCAAUACUCUGUCUGGUCAUACUUUGUGUACGGCGAUUUUCUCUGUCAUUGUGGCCAUAAUGGGUAUUGUGAUGUCUGCACCUCAAACCCUGCGCCAUGUCAGUUUCAUGUCUAUGUUCUCAUCCGCCUGUAUGGGCAUCGCCAUUCUCCUCUUCCUCAUCUUUGCAGGCAUCGAAAAGGCCCCGCUGUACGGAUACAGUGGUGAUUAUCCAACCGAUGGACCUGUCAAAACAUACGCAUUCCCACAGCCUGGAACAACAUGGGUUGAUUGCAUGAACGCCGUGCUGAACAUCACAUUCCUCUGGGUGCCCCAGAUCCUCUUCCCAUCUUUUAUCGCCGAGAUGGAACGGCCACAGGAUUUCCCCAAAGCCCUGGCUGUGCUUGCAGCUAUCUCUACAAUCCUCUUCAUCGUACCCCCAGCAAUUGGCUUCCGCUACCUCGGUCAAUAUGCCACAGCCCCUGCCUUUGGAAGUCUCGGUGUUGUGUCAUACAAAAAGGCUUCCUUCGGCUUCGUCAUUGUGCCAACGUUGAUCAUUGGCGUCAUCUAUGCGAAUGUUACCGCGAAGUUCAUUUACAAGAAGAUUAUGGGCAAGUCUAGACACGCUCACAGUAACACCGUAAUUGGCUGGGGUGUUUGGUUUCUGGUCAUGUUGGUCAUCUGGGCCAUUGCUUUCAUCUUUUCGGAAGUUGUCCCUAGUAUGGGCGACUUCCUGUCCUUGCUCAGCGCAGCCUUUGAUUCAUUCUUCGGCUUCAUCUUCUUCGCUGUUGCUUAUUGGCAGUUGAACAAGGGAAAGCUGUUUUCCAGCCUUGGGCAGACGGCGAUGACGCUGCUCAAUGUCUUCAUCUUAAUUGUAGGCCUCUUUAUACUGGGGCCUGGCUUGUAUGCUGCCGUUGAGGCCAUUAUUGCCGAUUACUCCGGAAGUGUGACUCCGGCAUUUACCUGUGCCAACUCGGCUCUAUAG